UUUUCCCCACUUGCACUCAAGAAAAAAAUGGCGACGUCUCUAGGCGCUAACACAUACAAUCGACAGAAUUGGGAAGACGCGGAUUUCCCAAUUCUGUGUCAGACGUGUUUGGGAGAGAACCCAUACAUCCGCAUGACCAAAGAGAAGUAUGGCAAAGAAUGCAAGAUUUGUGCUCGUCCAUUCACUGUGUUCCGUUGGUGUCCGGGAACGAGGAUGCGCUUCAAGAAGACAGAGGUGUGUCAGACCUGCAGCAAAAUGAAGAACGUCUGCCAGACUUGUCUGCUGGACCUGGAGUAUGGUUUGCCAAUCCAGGUCAGAGACACCGGGCUGGACAUCAAGGAUGACGUGCCCAAGUCUGACGUGAACAAGGAGUAUUACACACAGAACAUGGAGAGAGAAAUCGGGAACUCUGACGGAACGCGGCCAGUGGGAAUCCUGGGUAAGGCUCCCAGCUCAAGUGAAAUGCUGCUGAAGCUGGCGCGCACCACGCCCUACUACAAGAGGAACAGACCUCAUAUCUGCUCCUUCUGGGUGAAGGGAGAGUGCAAGAGAGGAGAGGAGUGUCCCUACAGGCAUGAGAAGCCCACAGACCCCGACGAUCCUUUGGCAGACCAGAACAUUAAGGAUCGUUACUAUGGUAUCAAUGACCCAGUGGCUGACAAGCUGCUGAAACGGGCCUCCACCAUGCCCAGACUGGACACGCCUGAGGACAAGACCAUCACCACUCUCUACGUAGGGGGGCUGGGAGAUACCAUCUCAGACGCAGAGCUCAGGAAUCACUUCUAUCAGUUUGGGGAGAUCCGUACCACCACCAUUGUCCAGAGGCAGCAGUGUGCCUUCAUCCAGUUUGCCACACGACAGGCUGCCGAGCUUGCUGCUGAGAAGUCCUUCAACAAGCUCAUCAUCAACGGACGCCGGCUCACUGUCAAGUGGGGCAGGUCUCAGGCUGCCCGGGGGAAGGAGGCCAUUAAGGACGGUGUCAGUGAGAUGGGAACCCGACUGGACCCCGUACCAGGUCUGCCCGGAGCUCUCCCCCCACCUCCUGCUUUGGAGGAGGACACUCCUGCUAACUACUUCAACCUGGAGGCAGGCACCUCUCCCAAUGUCAUGAACAUCUCCCUACCCCCUCCGCCUGGCAUCAACCCAUUACCUCCAGGUUUUGGUCCUCCUAUGUUCCACAUGGGUUCGAUGGGUCCCCCUCCUCCCCCUCCAAUGGGCAUGAGACCCCCAGGACACAUCCACUACCCUUCCCAGGACCCCCAGCGUAUGGGAGCCCAUGCUGCGCGUCAUGGCGACUAGAUGCUGUGGAGGUUAUUCGUUAUGCCAAGCAACUCUGGUCUAAAAAGAAUUGCUCUGUGCAGGUGUUGUCCGUGCACACAUCUAGGAUCAGCUUAACCUCCCCAAAUUAUUGCUAUAGUCAAUUGGGAGACAUUUUGAAAACUGACCCUAGAUCGGCUUUCAAGGGCAAUGUCAUACUAUGUCCCAUGGUUCUACAAAAUGGAUGCCUGCACACUCAGUGUAACCAUCAUAUUUCAGCAGUGAAACUUUGUUAUUGGUAUACAACUGAGAUUUGAGAUAAUAUCUGUCAGUUCAAUUUAGUGUCGUAGGAGGAUUCUUGAGUUGUAAGGGCUUCUGUAUUUUGUAUGGUGGUGCAUAAUAGGUCUGUGAUGCUUACAACUUCAGAGUGGAGGAAUUGUUGAACUGUGCAAAGCCUGCGUCGUCAAUCUCUUGAAAGGACAUUUUUAGACCUGUUGAUUUUCAUUCUUAUGUAAUUGUUUAGAGUUUUGAUACAAUUUUCAUUUUCCACAAAAUAACUCAGUUUAUUGUAAUGUUUUGUGAAUUCUGUCCAAUUAUGCCAUUAAAACAAGAUGCAUUUACA